GGUGGCUUUGCUUGUUGUUCGUCAGGUCGCCGCGUAAUUUGUCACCCAAGAAGUUGAUACGUCCCAGCAAAUCUUCCGUCUUCUAUUUUGGCUAGACCACGGGUUUUGGCUUAUACCAUUGGUUGAUACUCAAACUGGGAACAAUGACUGACGACAUAGACGUUGAGGCGAUGCUUGAGGACCAUUACGCUCGGGAGGUAUGUUUUGUUUUACUCGUCCUAAGUUUAGGGUCCCUUGACUGGCACAAGAUAAUGUUAUCUAAUUUUGACAGAAAUUCUUUAUGUUUUGUUAGGAUACUCUGGGUCUACGAUCCUCGUUGACGUCGUUGUGGACGUCUGGCCCUUUCCCACCUCAGCUGUAGUUAUCAAUAGAUUGUUUCGGUAUGUUUUACGAAAGUAUUUAUUUUCUUGCCUGUCUUUUUUAUUCCUUUCCACCUCCUGAAUCUGCUAAUAUUGUCGCUCAAUAGGGCUACUCGAAGUCCAAUGGUCAUCGAAGACGUGGUCGUUCACGUUCCAGGGAUCGAAGUAGAAGGUAUGGUUUCUGGGCUUUCGACAAGUUGCAUUUUUCAGACAUAAGUCGCGCAGCAGAAGCAAAGAACGUCGACGGGAUAAAAAUCUUGAAUCCGACCGGGGACGACAUGAACGCCGCCAUAGUUCGCGUGACCGGGAUCGACAUAGGUCUAGUAGAGAUGACCACAGAUCGUCGCGGACUGAAAGACGUCAGAAAUCUCCUGAACUUAGUCCAGAAGAGCGAGACGCACGGACUGUGUUCGUUUGGCAGCUGUCUGCGCGCAUUCGACAACGAGAUUUGGAGGACUUCUUCACUUCAGUGGGUAAAAUCAGAGAUGUUCGUCUAAUCAUGGACAACAAAACCAAAAGAUCAAAAGGCAUAGCCUAUGUUGAAUUCCGUGAAGUAGAGUCAGCUCAGCUGGCCCUUGGACUUACCGGCACUCGCUUAUUAGGCGUUCCAAUUCAGAUCCAACAAAGCCAUGCUGAGAAGAAUCGGGUAAGCGCUACUCCCUCAUUGCCUCGGCCGUCACAACAGAACAGGGGACCGAUGAAAUUAUACAUAGGUUCUUUGCAUUACAACAUCACAGAAGAAAUGUUAAAAGGUAUAUUUGAGCCAUUUGGAAAGAUAGAGGAUAUAAAAUUAAUCAAGGACCCUACUACCAAUCGUUCGCAAGGUUAUGGCUUCGUAACGUACGUCAAUAGUGAUGACGCUAAAAAAGCACUGGAUCAAUUAAACGGGUUUGAGUUGGCUGGCCGACCAAUGAAAGUGAAUCAUGUAACCGAACGCAGUGAGUAUGCUUGUCUAAGCGCUUUAGACAACGAUGAGGCUGACCGUUCAGGCGUUGAUCUAGGCACCACUGGGAGAUUGGCUUUGAUGGCAAAACUCGCUGAAGGCACUGGCUUAGAGAUCCCCAAAGCUGCCCUUGCUCAACUACAUAUCGGGCAAAACAACCCGAUACUGGGUUCAGCUGGAAGUGUUAGUUCAUCAUCCGCAAUUGCUCCUCCCGUGUGCACACAAUGCUUUAUGUUAUCCAAUAUGUUUGAUCCACAUGUUGCUACUCAUUCGGUUUUCGAAGAAAUACGCGACGAUGUUAUUGAGGAAUGUACCAAGGCCGGCGGAUGUCUCCACAUUUUUGUUGAUCGCACCAGUGCCCAAGGAAAUGUUUACGUCAAAUGUCCUAGUAUAGCAGUUGCAACUCAAUGCGUAAACAUGUUACAUGGUCGCUAUUUCUCCGGACGGUUGAUUACUGCAGCCUACGUUCCUUUAAUAAAUUAUCACCAACUCUUCCCAGAUUCCGUAACUGCGAAAACACUAUUGCAUCCUUCAAGUUGAAACUAUUGUAAAUAACCCAAAUGUUUAUUGACCACUGCAUUUGUCAAUAUAUUAUCACUAAUAA